UGGGAGGGGGGAAUGCAUAAUUAUUGAGAAAACAAAUUACCCUAUUACUCACAUGAGUGGUCAUUCAGUAUAAUCUCUUGUUGGUAAUAAAAGACUACUCAGGAAGAGAGAUGUUUAUGAAAAUGGUGGGAAUUUCUUAUUGUGGUGACCAGGGUCUUUCUCUCUUUCUCUGUAUCUCUCAGGCUCUCUCGCUCUCUCUUUCUAUCCCUUAUUUCGCAGAGCCACGCUGCAGGGAUAGACAGGGAGAGAGAGAAUCAGCAAGAGAGUACGGCAGCGAGAGGACAGAGAAGUGAAGUGUGUGUGUGAGAGAAAGCAAGUGAGCGAGAGAGACGCACGCUGGCAAAUUUCGGACUGCUUAUAUCGGUAACAAGGCAUUAGAGGUGUGUGACAUUCUGCAACAGCAAUAUUGUUAUAACACCGCGCGUGUCUGGAAAUAUUGUGAAUUCAAAGCAAACCGAGCGCAUUACUGGAAUCCGAGGUCUUUUUUCCGGCAACAACAUCAGCGGGAUGUGUGGCGUGGACUCGGAUUUGGAUGACGGUGGCGUGGGUGAUGACGAAAGAGACCAAGAAGAUGAGUUCGCCAUGGCCGAGGGGGUCCGCAUGCUUCCCCCUCCCACAGCGCACUGCGAGGGCAGCGUGUGGGGCGGCCGCCGGAGUCGGUGCGGCUGCCUGGUGUUCGGAGCGUGGCUGGUACUAUGGAACGUGGGCCUGGCCGUGACAUGUGUGAUACUGCUGGCGACCGUCUUCGCCAUGGUGCUGCUUCCCGCUGCACUGCUGCUUUACGCAGGCUUUCUCUGCCACUCGCGGGUGAUGGCGUCCCCCUCUGCCCUAUGUCAUUACCUUGACGACAACAGCUGUUCUGCUCUUAUCAUCCUUGGCUUUGUCAUGAUGUCACCGCUGGUGGUGGUUGCUGCAGCAACCUUCUGUGGGUUGCUUCGCCGGCUCCGCCUAUUCUGGCUGUUUCAGCCAAUCAAUAGCGCCUGGUACCGCGGCCGCAGCUUUGGGUGGAGUGGGGACCUGCGUGCCUGGGUGUGACACACACACCCAUACAUACACACACAGUGGGGAGGUGACCUCAGUGGUCAAAGGUCAGCUUCUGAGGAGCAUCAUAUAAACAUCACUAACAGGUUUUCACAGUGUUGGGGACUGUGCGUUUUGACAAGCACCCAUCCUAUUGUUUUAACACGGUACUUUGUUUAGAUCGAUGCACUUUGCCAGCGGGAGAGUAAAUGGUGAUGCCAGGCAGGCUGUGUGUUUCAGUGUGAUUCAACAUAAAUGACAGGCUAAUACCAACGUUCGGCUAUGCACUCAGAGAAGUACACCAUAGAUCUUCAGUUCAUAACGAAAUUCAGCAGGCCUAGAUGAUCUCUUUUUUAUUUAUUUGCAAACGGGCUAGACAGACGUGUUUUGGCACGUUCACAGAGGCUAGUUAUGUAGAUGAUUCACACCCUUAAGGGCAGGCCGGUCAUUUGUACCUCAGCUGUGUCGUUCCAUUUCCACAUCCACAUCUGCAGGUAUGUUUCACCUACCAGGCUGGAAGCAGGUUAUAUGCUAGAGUCGCCUUAUCUCAAAUCAUAACAGCAACCUCAUUAGUCUCAGGUCCUGGCUUACUAAAGAUAUUAGUGACAAUUUGAUAUACAUUGGAAACCCAUACACACAAUCUAAUUGGACUAAAAAAGGUUGAGGUGCAUGUCUGUUUGUCAUUGAACAGAUGCAAUAUUUACCCAGUUAAAGGUUAGGCUUGGACAAUCUUUAAUAAGACAGGAGAUGAGAGGAGGAUGUGUUUAUGCAACUUUCUAUCCAUCCGACAGACUCUGUGAUUCUUUAACUAGAAAUUGGAGGUCAGUGUAGCUUAGCAAAAUUCCCCUGGGAAAUGUACUGUCUAUGUCUCUUUCCGUGUUAGAACAAUGGAGAGGGGUGCUUAGCAGGAGUAUCAGAAGGGAAAGAAGGACUUUCACAAGCACACAGUACACCAAAAGUAAUGUCCAUCUAAUGUUAUGUAUAAAGUGUUCUUUAUUUAUUUCCAUCCAGUGGCCUACUAUCUAACAGCUUCAGUAGUUUGUUUCUGUUCAGUUUGGGAAGCACUGCUUCAGAAAAGGAUAUCGUUGCGUAGAAAAGUACUGAGUUCCUGCAAUCUCGUUUAUGACCAAUGGAGUAGUCUACAGCUGUGGGUGUAAAUGUAUUUUAAAUAUAAAUACUGUAUUUUUGUACCUUAUUUAUGUAUUUAUUUAACUUUAAUUGUCAAUUUUCAAUAUUCAUUUUAAGGAAAGAAAAAAUGAGCACAUAUGAAACUAAGGUUGCACUGUAUCACUAGAGCUGAAAAGGAUGCAUUGUAAGAGUGUCACUCAACUUACAGUGUAACUCACUAGGUUAUGUACUAUACGAAUGGGCCAUGAUACUGUAAUAUGCUGAUGAAGUUUCUGGCAUUUUCAACAAUCAUUUCAGCAGCCUAAAAAGGGGUGGACUCACAAAUCUCAUCCGUUUGAGGGUCUGCCUAUGGUGACCUAGAACAAAUAGUGCUGACUUGCUUUGCUUAUGGGCAGUAGGCUUAGUAUGUAGCUGUGUGAUACACCAGAUAUAGAACUUUAUUCCAAAGCUUUAAGGUCUUUCAGAAACACCAUAUUAAAGUGGCACUAAAACAU